AUGCAAAUAUAUCCAAUAAAUGGAGAUGAUUCUCCUAUAAAUGAAUUUACAUCUAGAAGUGGAAAUAAGAAUGGAUCAAAUUAAAUGAAGAAAAUUCAUAAUGCUAAAACUUCUAGAUAUUUGUAUUAGAAUAUAUAAUUAAUAGAUUGCCACUUUAUAAUCAACCACUUUCAUCUGAAUCUAGAAAUACAUUGUCAAGAACAGACUCUCAUCUUAAGUUUAGUUUUGUUAGUCAUUCUUAGAUAUAAAGAAGAAAUGCAAAAUGUGAAUUUCGAUAAAUAAGUAGAAAAUUAAUACAUGCAAUGAAUUUUGUGAAAGAACUUCGUUAAUAUGCUGAAUAAUUGAAGUCAUAACAUAUGGAAUAUAAAUAUCGGCAUCGUAACUUUUUUCCUUUUUAUCCAGAUGAUAAGAUAUAUAUCAUUUGGAUUAUUUUUAUGAAAGUAAUGCAUUGUAUAGCAUCAAUAAUAUUGCCAUUUUAAUUAGCAUUCUAAGUAUUAUAUCUAAAAAUAUUAGGGGAGUAGGAACAUUAUUAACUCAAAUACUUACUGUUAUAUUUGCAAUUGAUAUAUUAUUUAACUUAAUAAGUUGUCAUAUUGAUGAAUAUAAUACUCUUUUACAUACUUUUGAUAGGAUCAUACCCUAUUAUAUUAAAAGAUGGUUUAUAGUUGAUUUAUUAUCUAUAAUACCCUUUGAAGCUUAUGAAAGUACAAAAAUAUUAGGAUUAAUGAGAUUAUUUAGAAUUGCAAAGUAUUUUAUGUAUGAAAGACGUGAAAAUUAUCAUACAGCUAAUGAUAUUAUUAAAAAGAAAGAAAUUAUUAUAAACGAAGAUCUAUUUUAUAGAGAAGAUUAUAAUAUAGAUUUAAGAAUUAAAAGAGUUUUAACAAUAUUUAUAGAUAUGGUAAUUUUGACUCAUAUUUUUGCAUGUUUAUGGUUUUGGAGUGCUAGAAUUGAUGAAUUUAAUUAGGAAACUUGGAUUAUAAGAGAAAAUGCUUAUGAUUAUAAUAUAGGAAAAUAAUAUAUGACCUGUUUCUAUUGGGCAAUCUAAACAGUUACUGUUAUUGGAUAUGGAGAUAUUGCUGCUUAAACUUCUUUUGAGUUUUUUCUUUAAAUAUUCUGGAUGCUGAUUGGAGUUGGAUUCUAUUCAUUUACUAUUGGUGAUAUUACUUGCAUUUUAGUAAAUGUUAAUCCACGUUAAGAAUAUGAAGAUUAAUUAAUAUUAUUGGAGGAAUUGGGAGAUUAAACAUUCAUGAUUGAAGAAGUACUCAUAGAAUUAAUAUCAUUUACUAAAUUUAAUAUAUCUCAUAAUCCUUUUUGGGCACGUAAUACUAUUGAAAUGAUCUAAGCUUUGCCUUGGAGUCUUAGAUAAUACCUUAUUGCAUCAACUCAUAAAGAUAUUUUUAAAAUUGUACCUUUUAUUGCAAAUGAUAUUAAUUUCUCUACCAUGGUAUUACCUUAUUGUACUUUUGCUAAAUUUGAUGAAUAUUCUACAAUAUAUCAUAUAGGUUAAAGUUCAUCAGAUUUCUAUUAUCUAUUAAGUGGUGAUGUAAGAUUAUCUGAUGCUUCUGGUGAAUGUAUUUUAAGAGUAAUGGAAGGAACAGUCUUUGGAGAAGUAGAAUCAAUUGAAUAGACUUUAAGAAGAUGGCAUGCUCAUGCUGUUACAAAAAGUGUUGUAUUAAUGUGUCCAGGCAGAUUUUUUGAAUCUUUGAUUAAAUAAAACUCUACUCAGUUUUUUGAAUUAUAUUAGAUGUAUAAGAGAAGAAAAAUAUUAUUAUCUGAUUAUGCAGAAUAAAAAUAAAGUAAUAUUAAUAUAUUCAUAUUAAUUUAGGAUAAGCUGUUAGACUUAAAAGAUCUACAGCCAUUAUUGUAGAAGGUAAAGUUGUUCAAACUUAAUAAAUUAGAAGAUCAAGUGAAAAUAGAUAAUAAUUUAAAUCUAAAAUAGAUUUUAGAAAUUAUAUCAGUGUUUAAUAGGAUUUAAUGUUAUCAGUUGUUGGUUAAAAGUAAGCUAGGAAAAAACUACUUAGAGAGAAAUUUAGAUUAGUAUGUUUUAUUAAUAUAAAUAAAGGCUGUUGAUAGAAUUAAAUAAAUGUUACUAAAAACUAAAAAAAGAAGAUUAGCAUUAGUUACUGAUCCAGAUUAUAAAAUUAUUAGAGAAUUGAUUGCUACUAGAAGUCAAUAGACAAUUUAAACUAAUAUGUUUGAAACUAAUAAUUAAUUAUAAAAGUUGAUGAAUAAAUUUGGUAAAGUAGUAGAAUAAGAAAAUUAAGUUUAAUAAUUUAUAAUUAAAAAAAAAUAAGAAUCUUAUGAAAAAAUAAAGAGAAUUAAACUUAAAAAUCUACUAGCAGAUUGGAAUCAUAAUACACAUCGUAAAUCAAUAAAAAGGGAAAUUGAUCUAUAUUAUUCAUCAUUUCAUGAACAAAUUUAUCAAGAAAUUUUAUAAACUAGAAUUGAUCAAAAAUAAAAAAUUAAAUAUAAAUAAGAUAAUAUUAGAAAAAAUUCAGUCUAAUAACUUAAAUUAUUAAAUUUAAAUGUUAAUUACAUUAUAUAAUUAGCAAUGAAAUUUUCAAUUCAAAAAUUUGAAAUUAUGAAAUUAGAAAGAGAAAUUGAUCUAAUUAUUGAUGAAUGCCAAUCUAUAGUCUAAUAAAUUAUAUGA